AAUCCAUUCCACUUCUCUUUAACAAUAUAAUGCCCAAGUGGCUUGUUCCUUUUCAGCGUACAACUCUCGGCUUAACCUCGGCCCAGCGGAAGGUCUAUUCUCAGCCGAAGUGGAGCAGAAGGCAGUGCACUCACCCUUUCAUUUCAUCAUCAUCCUGCGGCUCAGCCUCAGCCUCAGCCUCAGAUGUUUUAUAUCCUCCAAUCCUGUCUUUUCCCUGUUGGCCUCCAGCGUGGAACGAAUAAUAUCAAAUAGAUACAUCCCAACACUUCAUUCUCAUUGCCAAAACCUUUUGUUCUUGCCGCAUCCUUCGCAGCACAAUCCCGAAUCUGACGAUCAUGGACACACUUCCACCCGAACUCAUAUCCAGGAUUGUUCCAUACCUCAUCGAGGAAACGCGUUUGAAUCAUGAUGUUAUGGAACGUCUGCCCGUAACAUCGCUUGCUGUAUACGCAGUCAUUUCUCGCCGAUGGCAGCAUAUUGUCGAGACCAUCACAUUCCGCUACUUGCACUUGUCCCCGACCAGACUUGCCAUAGCCGAAGCGAAUAAUCACCUCACGCCAACCCGUCUCGGGUAUGUUCGACGCAUCUGGUUCUAUUUCGAGUUUCCUGCCCACGACCACGCAGUCUCAACUGAUCCAGACGAUGACAAUGACCAAUGUGUAUUCAACAAGACUACCAGACAACUAUUCGGUGUCCUUUUGCGGAUUCCAGUCAAAUUGAAUCCUUCGGUCGCCUUGCAUCUUAUCAUAUUAACCGACAACAAUCCUUCAGAUUCUGAUGACAUACAAGACACGGAAGAAUGGAAAAUUUUCACUGGAAAAGAUCGCACAACGUACCUUCAGUUGUCCCCAGAUUGGGAUAGCGAUAUUUCAGAACUACCCGCAAUUUCCUACCUUCGAACAGAAUUAUCCUCAAAAAGGGUCCUUUUCUCACCACAUUCGAUUAAUCUUAUAUCCAGCAAGAUGAAUCGAUUAGAAGCAGUCGAGUGGGAGCUCAGUGAUGCGGAGAAGAUUGACCCGGAUCUGAGAAUACGCCAAAGAACAUCAUUUGCGCAGACAUUGGAAAGAAUUCCAAAUUCGUUGAAGAGCUUCAAGCUCAAAUAUGUCCGAGAGCCCCCGAGGAAUCAAUACUUCCGACCUCCAAGCAUCAUCCCGCCCAACUCUCCAGGCGACAUCCUCAGCCAAGCACUCUUCGACUUCACCCAGAGGGACGGCCUCUGUGAUUUUGAACUUGAUGCUAGUGUCGACAGUACACUCUUCUGGCCGCAAACACAAGAUUUCAACGAAAAAUGGUGUUGGCCUACGCUGACAAACAUGUACGUCGAGUUGCACGAUGUGUUACCUUCAGGCCAGUGGAUUACUGUGGCUCUGGACCCAGGGCAAGAAGACUCUGAAUCACCUAACGGCUAUGAGUCAGACGAAUGGGAAAACGAAAUUCCAGGUGAGGAGACCGAGAGGUCGUUCUCGUCGGUAUGCGACCAGGGUCUGAUGAACCAAUUCGCCCUGGCUGCUGGAAAAAGUGUGAGCCAUAUGCGAAAUAUCAAGUGGCUUUUCAUCAGUCAGUAUGGUGGGUCAGGGAUGGGUAUCGAGUUUACGAGGUAUAAGGACAAGGAGAGCACCCUGGAGCUGAACCGAAUUGAUGAUGUGGGCAACCCGAUGGAGCCAGGGUUCAACGACGAAGCUCUGAAUGCUUGGAGCGAGGCAAUGAAGGCACAAAAUUUGGAGUGGAAAAUUGAGAAGAACGAGUAGCACGAUUUAGUUACACCAGUAAUCAGACAAUAGCAAUAGGUUGAUUGAUUGAGCUGAC